AUGAAAAAUGCUCGAUAUUUAUUUGAACAACUUUUUAACCGUGUCAUUAAAUGUUUUGAAUUGAAUAAAUUUAUAUUUAAUCCACAAAUGAUUGAAUUAUUAUUUGAUGAAACCAAAGCAAAUAAACCUUUACAACUUCAUUCACAAAAGUCUAAUCUGUUUAUUUACAAAGAUUAUUUCCAUUCUUGUCUUUUAAAUUUUGUAUUAAAUCAUCUUACUUCUAAUCAAUUAAAUAUUUAUUUUGAUGAUGCCGUUAAUGUAGAGGAUUACAUGAAUGUUUUAUUUACAAUUCUGAAAAACGGAGGAGAUAAAUUUUCUAAAGUUUGUUACAGGCAUCCGGCUCUUCUAGAACUUUACAGUCUUAUUAUACAGGUAAUUAGAUAA